AUGCACGACGAUGAGGAAGAGGAGGAAGGGGAAGAAGGGGAGACAAACAGCACAGCUGUCACGGAGUCCAGUCACAGAGCCACGGAGCACGCGUUCCCUUGCCUCUGGAGAGCCCCAGACAACAGCCGAAAUAGCACCAGCAGUGCCCAUCCGCUUGCCAUCAUCCUGCCGGUCGCCCUUCAGGCAGCAGAGACGCCGAUGGAGCAGCAGGAUCCGUUACACCCGUCCGAAGCCGUCGCCUCAGAGGGUAACCUCGAUAAUGACGAUGAUGAAGAUGAUGAGGGGGAUUAUGAUGAUGAUGAUGAUAAUGAUUCGAGCGCGUUGGAUGCGAAGCCUCGCAUCAACCCCUACCGGGAGUUCGAGGAAGACAUGGUGAUGACACACUCGCUGAGUCUUAUGCAGUACGCCCAGCAAAAGGCGCUGCAAGGGUCAGUAAAGGAGGAAGAUGAGGAUGGUGAUAAAAAUGGGUUAUCAGUCUCGUGGAAGUUUGCCUACUACAUGUCACUCCGAAGUGCACGGCGUGAGAAGCUAACAAUGCAGGUUCUCCUGGAGGCCACAUGGUUCGUCUGCUUUCGCGACACUGGAGCCACACAUCCGAUCACCUUCAGGGCGGACAACACCAUCGUUAUCCGUCCCGCCGUUCACACACCAUGCGGCAACAGCAGAAUUACGAGUAACGUCAACGCAGCUGCGACGACGCCCCUCCCAUGCCAACUGGUGAAGGGAGGCGCGGAACUUGUCGUGCACGUCUUUCCCCCACUGAGGGUACAACGGCGUUUGGGUUCCACCACCAGUACUGUUGGUGGUGAUGCUGCUGUUGCUGCCUCGAAUGCACCUUCGCCGCAAGCCUGGGUGAGGGUACGUGCUUCAACCAACGAGGCGGCGCUGCGUGCCUUCCUCGCGGAGCCUGACGCCACAUUGCGGCGUCUCCACGCCGAAGAGGUAGGGCAUAGUGAAAAGAGGGAGGAGGAAGAGAAUGCGGCUGAUCAAGACAGCAUUGCCACUACUACUACUACUGCUACUGCUACUGUUGCUGCGAACGCCAUGCCGAAACCGCUACUGGACGACCGCCUCUGUGGCGACUGGGGGUGGAUGAUCCAGAGCCCCUUCGUGAAGAUAUUCUCCGUGGAGACGCCUGUUCCACUUUAUGUUCAUCAACUGCGGCGCACAUAUGCGCCGCGGCCUCCCUAA